AUGAAGCUUUUCUUCGUCUCGAUUCUUCUUGCCGCGUUGCUGGCAACCGCUGUUAAGGCUGCACCUGCCGCUGAAUUACAACAUCGAUGGUGCAGAUUCGCCGGUAGAAUCUGCCCCCCGACCAAGCGUACUGCCGACGCCCUCAACUUUGUCAAGCGUGAGGCCGAAGCGGUGGCCGAGCCCUUCAAAAUCAAUAGAUGGUGCAGGUUCCGUGGCCAGGUUUGUGGCAAGGCCAAACGUGCCGCGGAAGCCAUUGGAAAUGUCAAGCUCUCUGCUGAGGCCGUUGCAGACGCUAUGGCUUUUUUGGAUGAGCUUACCCGGGAAGAGUACGCCCAGCUCGCGAAAGAUUUCGGCCAUCUCAAGGAGUCUGACAAUUCCGACGGGUAA